UUCCACCCCCACCAGAAACGACGACGAUCGAGGAAGAGGAACACCAAACGACAGGAGCUCCGACGCCGCCAUGGCCCGCCUGUUCCUCCGACCGAUCUGAUCAGCGCCGGGCUCCGAAUCCAUAAUUUUAUCGGCGGAAUGUGGUGAUGGGCCGCCGCCACGCCCACGUCCCUGUCUGCGUCGCCACGAGGAGCUGAAGGAGGAGGAGGGAAUGGACGAGGACAACAAUCUCCUGCAUUUUCUCGAUGAUACACCCACCGCGCAUUACAGGAAGACAUGCGAUGAAUAUUCAUCCCAAAUUGACGGCGAUGAUCACUCCGAUACAUCAGACGCAGAUCCAUCCAAUGCAAGGGACAGAUUGGAAACUCUACUUAACCAACCUGCCAACAAGUUCUGUGCAGACUGUGGCACCCCAGAUCCAAAAUGGGCGGCUUUGCCUUUCGGUGCGUUCAUUUGCAUCAAGUGUUCUGGAACUCACAGAAGUCUUGGAGUACACAUAUCAAAGGUGAUUUCAGUGAAUCUAGACGAAUGGACAGAUGAGGAAGUCAACUGUCUAGCUAAUUCAGGUGGAAAUGCUACUGUGAACACCAAAUAUGAAGCGUUUCUACCUGAAAACUACAAAAAGCCAAGACAAGAUUUUUCAACAGAGGACCGUGCUGUUUUCAUUAGGAAAAAAUACGAGCUUCAACAGUUCAUGACUAAUCCACAAUUUGCAUGCCCUUUACACAAACAUGGAGCAGAGAAACGUCAUAAUAACCAGCAACAUGGUGGCAGCAAACAUGGUACUUUCAGAAAUAGCUGGAGGAAAAAGGAUUCCGAAAACAAAGGAGUAAAAAAAAUGAUGGAUGUGGGCAUGAUAGAAUUCGUUGGAUUAAUUAAGGUCGACAUCAUAAGGGGCACGGAUUUAGCUGUUCGUGAUGUGAUGUCAAGUGAUCCAUAUGUUAUGAUUAUGCUAGGACACCAAUCCAUGAAAACAAAGGUGAUAAAGAACACACUGAACCCUAUAUGGAAUGAAAGACUAAUGCUAUCAAUCCCUGACCCGGUGCCGCCUCUUAAAGUGCAAGUAUUCGACAAGGACACAUUCACCUCUGACGACCGAAUGGGGGAAGCUGAAGUUGACAUCCAGCCAUUGAUCUCUGCAGCAAGAGAGUACCAGAACUCGAUGGUCACGGAACCGGCGAUAUGCACAUUCUUGGCAAGCGAGAACAGCAUUCUAGUCAAGGACAGUGUCAUCUCGAUCGUCGAUGGUAAGGUGGAGCAGGAGAUUGCCUUGAGGCUUCAGAACGUCGAGCACGGGGAGAUUGAGAUCAAGCUUGAGUGCGUGCCCCUCAGUCAGUAGUUGUGGUUUUUCACCGAGAUGAAAUGCUCCAUGGCUGCGGUCGAUAGUAGCAUCGCUUUGCACUACCCAGAGAAACAUUGCCUGUUGUGUUAGUCCGUGCCUGUAAUUGUCAUGUUGAAGGUUUUUCGUGCAUGUGAUAUGUUGAAUAGAUAGGAAAAGAAACUUGAAAGUCAUCUACGUUACUCUAAUGUAGGCUUCAGAACUCCUUUUUGUA